AUGGGACCUCGCCAUUCUCUCGUGGCAGGCCAUCGGCGGUGCGUCUGCUCGUGCGCAGCUCUCAUAGCAGUGCUGACGCCUCCUGCAUCAACAGUCGUGUACGGCGACAUCGGCACGUCGCCGCUGUACGUCAUGAAUGGCAUCUUCCCGUCGACUGGGCCUCAGCCCAGCGCUGAGGAUGUGCUUGGCGUCGUCUCGGCCAUCUUCUGGGUCUGGACGCUCACGGUCCUGGUCAAGUACGGCCUCAUCGUGAUGCAGUUCGGCACCGGCGUCGGCGAGGGCGGUCCCUUUGCCGUGUACUGCUCGCUCUUCCCCAAGGCCGUCGACGAGCACGACGACCCGCACGGCGCUCGCGAUCGCGCACUCACGACGUUCUGGACAAAGCGCUCCACUCGCGGCGGCGCCGGCUCCGAGAAGGCAGAUCGCCGGGCUGCACUGCUGCAUCGUGCUUGGGUCAAGCCUUUGCUUUGCGGCAUCGCACUCGUGGGCAGCGCCAUGACGCUCGCCGACGGUCUCCUCACGCCUGCCAUCUCGGUGCUCAGCGCCGCCGAGGGCAUCGCCGUCGUCAAGCCCGACACCGCCUCGGCCGUCGUGCCCAUCUCGAUCGGCAUCCUCCUCGCCCUUGGCAUCGCGCAGUGGUUUGGCCUCAAGCGCAUCAGCCACGCCUUCGCGCCUGCCGUCUUUCUCUGGCUCAUGGCACUGCUCCUCACCGGCGCCGCCAACGUGCACACUCACCCGGGCAUCUUCCGCGCCGUUGACCCGUCGCGUGCCGUGCUGUACUUCGUUCGCACGGGCAACUACGACGCCUUCGCCGGCAUUGUGCUGGCUAUCACGGGCGUGGAGGCGCUGUUCGCCAAUCUCGAGAGCCUCUCGCGCGAGGCGGUGCGCAUUCCGUUGCUGCUCCUCGUCUAUCCCUCGCUCAUGCUGGCGUACCUCGGACAAGGUGCACGGCUCAUCGAGGACCCCUUGGUGAUUGAGAACGUCUUCUACCGCUCUAUUCCAGGCGACGCCGGAGGGCCCAUCUACUGGAUCAUGUUCGCCCUCGGACUCUUCGCGACGAUCGUAGCGUCGCAAGCUUUGCUCUCCGCAUCGUUCGCCAUCACCCGUCAGCUAUCGCACAUGGGCUCGCUCCCGCCGCUGGCCUUCACCUACCCGGACGCCGACUUCGGCCAGCCCUUCUCCUCCGUCGUCAAUGUAGUGCUGAUCGCGGCCAUCGUGGCCGUGAUUGGCGUGGCGGAGCACUCGGCGAACCUGUCGACCGCGUAUGGCUUUGCGGUCGUGACGACAAUGCUCAUCACGACGCUGCUCGUUUCCGUGAGCAUCGUCUUCGUCAAGCACCGCAGCUGGCUGCUCGCUUUGCUCUUCUUCGUCGCUUUUGGCUUCCUCGACGGACUGCUGUGGGGCGCCACGCUGCGCAAGAUCCCACACGGCGCCUGGUUCAGCCUUGCCGUCGGCGGCGGGCUGGCGCUGUUCAUGUGGUUCUGGACGUGGGCCACGAGCCUUGUCACGUCGUACGAGCUGCGCAACAGCAGUGUCUUGAGCUCUCUCCUCCGCAAGGACGACGACGAGACGACGCCUCCGACGAUGCACCUGCUUCUCCCCGAUGGCCAGACUCGCCGCCUCUCGCGCGCUCCGGCGAUGGCCAUCUUCUGGAAGCCGCACGGCGGCUCCGGCGUGCCUGCGUCGUUCGCUCACUUCCUCGCCCAGCUCGCCACCCUACCGACGCUCACCGUCUUCCUUUCGGUGCGCCACCUCGCCGUGCCCAGCGUGCCGCGCCACCAGCGGCUCGUCGUCUCGCGCGCCCGUGCUUGGCCGGGCAUCUACGCUGCGACACUGCGCAUCGGAUGUGCAGACAAGGACUCUACGUCGCUGGCUGAGCUCAAUGCCCUGCUCGCCGACGCGAUCCGUCUCAACGACCUCUCCGACGACGAGAUGCUGCUGCUCGACACUCCCGGCCCUCUGCGCGCCUCGCACAUCUACCCGACCAGUCGUGCACAGUCCCAGCCGGUGCCUGGCUCCCGUCGUGCCCGCGCCGAGGCCGACGUCGGCGACGAGCACACCCCGCUGCUGCGCCGCAGCGCCGCCACGGUCCUCGACUACACGCGCAUGCUGCUCAUCGACGUCGUCUUUGUGCGCCUGCAGGCCCUCUUUGGCGCCGACAAUGCGCCGCUUGGCAGCCGUGAGCCGGACGUGCUGCGCAUCGCUGUGCCAGUGCGCUGCUAG